AUGGCUGGCGGCUCCAAAUUCCAAGUGCUCUCAUUUAAUGGAGCUAGUGUGGAACUACACUCCGUGAAGAAGCGCAAGUUCCAUCAAAAGGUGACCUCGGGCUGUUUGGCCUGUAGGAAGAAAAAGGUAAAGUGUGAUGAGCUGAAGCCUGUUUGCUUGAGAUGCUCCAGGAACGGGAGGCUUUGUCAAUAUGAGAGACAAGAAAGAGAUAAAAAGGUCGUUGAACGGACCCAACAGCCCUCGCUGUCGUGUCUGAGUGCCAUUACCUUGCUACCUUUCUCAACAUCAAACCCACCCGAUGGCACUCCGACUGUACAUCUCAUCCAAUACCUUUGGCAACACUGGACAAAUGUCACGAAUGUCGACUGCCGCCCAGAAACCAAAGAUCUGUUCAAGUCUGACCCGACAGUACGUGCCGUUAUUCUCGCCCUCACAGCCACCCACAUUCGCCAGCGGGUCCCAGCUCAUCGUCCGCAUCGUAUUGCGGAAUUGUUCUACAGGUCCCUGGCCCUCCAGAAAUAUAGAGAGCUACUUCAAACGCUUAAGCAUGUGCCGGAUCAAAAAGGCGUGAACUCUCUGUUCAUCAGCGCCACAUUCCUCAAUUUGUUGACCUUUGCACACCAUGAAUCUGAAGGGCUUCCUGCUCAGAGGAUCAUGGAUCCUGAGUCUUCUUGGCUAUUUAGCCCACGGGAAGACCGCUUGAAGUGGCUUGUCCUGCAAACCGGUCUUCGUCCACUCAUGCUAUCUAUGAAUGAGUACUUCACGGAGGGUGUCAAAUUCACCAGCAUGGUCUUCACUGGUAGAUACACAGAUCGCUGGACAUUCGCUCAUCUCAUUGAAAGCUUGGAAGGUGUCCCUGAUCAUUGGAUCGAGUUCUUCGGGCUGGUAUCCUCAAUCAGCGGUUGCGAAUGCAAUGGGUUAGGUGACGCAUAUCGCGCCCCAGCGACCAUUCUCGCAACUGUGGGGCAUCUUGAGGUCAACAGGUAUAAUUUAUUCCGCAAUUUGUUGUUUCUAGGAAAGCUACAAGGAGAUUUCCAUUCUCUUGUUUAUCAACGAGACGAGCGGGCACUGUGGCUCUUUGGCUAUUGGCUAGCUAUUAUGCUGAGGUAUGGCCUUUGGUGGUGUGAAAGCCGUGCCAAAGAGGACCUCGAGGCUAUAUGUAAAUGGCUACAUAUGCGACGACUCACAUAUCGGCAGGGUCGCGAAGGGGAGUUGUGGACGAUAAUGAUGAAGGAGCUCGACUGUAUGAGGAAAUUAUCUCUGUACUAA